AUGGAAGCGCCCGGCGCCCAGGACGCCCAGAACGAGAGGGACCUGAGCAGGAGCGAGAAGCUCGUGGCGCUGGCCGGCUUCCCCGCGCCCAGCGCGCCAGACAUCCUCGUGGUCGUCGGCGAGGACACCAUCGUGGAGUUCGACCCCUUGCAGGCGCUCGCCGCCUCGCCCGCCGCGGCCGUGCUGCGGGCCGCGCGGGAGCUGCUCGGCGACGGGGUCCAGCUGGAGAGCACCAGGAACGCUGCCUGCUGUAUCCGCAUUCCUGGACCUGAGCUUCAACGUCUUGGCGUCAAGAAGGCUAUGGCGAGUUUCACGGGCGAGCCGACCGGCUCCAUGUGAGCAGCUCUUUGUGAUGUGAGUGCCCGCGGGCAGCUUCUGGGCUGAGGAGGAGGAGGGUG